AUGGUGAGAAUCAGUGAGUUGUCUGAUGAAUUGCUGAUCAAGAUAUUAUCGUUUCUUCCAACAAAAUCUGCCGUCUCCACAGGCAUUUUGUCGAAACAAUGGGAGUUUCUAUGGACGUGGUUGCCUAAACUCGAGUUCGACGACUACUUUAUAACCGAUGAUCCUGACUCUACCUUGAGGUUUCAGGAAUUUAUCAACAAGAAACUGCCGUUACAUAGAGCUCCGGUCAUCGAAAGCUUGGUCCUCAGGUUUUGUCAUUGUACAUUGCAGCCUGAGAAUAUCAAGCUUUGGGUUGGGAUUGCGGUUUCUCGCUUUGUGCGUGAGCUAAGUAUCGGCUAUUUUUGUUCCGGUUCCGAUGUACCACUCCCGAGUAGUUUGUAUACCUCCGAUUCGCUCACGACUAUGAAACUUGAAGGCUCAAAGAUUGUUUUGGAUGUUCCUCCAGCUGUUUGUCUCCCUUCCUUGAAAACCUUGAAACUUGGACGUGUGACAUACUCAAACGAAGACUCUCUUGGGCUGCUACUAUCGCAAUGCCUUGUUCUUGAAGAUUUGUGUGUUGUACGUGAUAGACACGAAGACAAUUUGAUAGAGGUAGUUGUUAACGUCCCGUCUUUGCAGCGUUUGACCUUGGAGGUGUAUCAACGUUCUUCUGGUGGCUAUGUGAUAGUGACUCCUUCUUUGAAGUACUUCAAGUUUGUGGAUUUCAGCGAAACUUUCUCCUGUUUGAUCGAGCAUAUUCCAAAGUUGGAAGAGGCAGAUAUUAGGGUUUGUCAAGAGUUUGAGACGCUUUUGAAAUCAAUCGCAUCCGUCAGACUUCUUUCAGUGCUUGCAUUAUGCAACAAUCCAGAAGAGUCUGUGUAUAGUGUUAGUACUAUCUUCAAUCAGCUUGAACAUUUGAAGUUUGGUAUAUACAGCGACGACUGGUCGAAGUUGCUUAUCUGGUUGCUCGGAAAUUCCCCUAAACUGCGAGUCCUCAAUAUAUCUAUCGAUCAUGAUCCAGAAUUGGAUGUGUAUGAACCAGUUACGUGGAGCUCCGUUCCUGAAUGUUUGUUGAAGACUCUCGAAACUUUUGAGUUUAAAGAUUACAUGGCAACACAAGAAGAGAGAGAUUUCUUGAGUUUCUUCUUCAAACACGCUUGUUGCUUGACGUCUACAUCAAUAUUUCAUAAUGUUUGUGAUAUGUAA